AGAAACCCGCGCAGAGCCUGGAAACAGCGACUGCGCAGGCGCGGCGGCCGGGCCCGGGCAUUUUGCUGCGUCACCAGCCGCCGCCCGGCCUCGCCACCCUCGCGCGCACGCACGCUCCUUCUCCGUCCUCGCGCCCCUUUCCUACACUUUCCUCCUCUCCCGGGUUGAGGCAGCCGCUCUCCGCGCGGUGCAUUCUGGGCAUCGAGGCCGCGACCGGGCAGAGACCGCCGGAGAAGAGUCGACUCGCCAGCCGCCGCCAGCGAGGCCCGCCCACCCGUUCGUCUGGCCCUCCGCCCCGUUCACCAUGCAGCCUGCUUCUGCAAAGUGGUACGAUCGAAGGGACUAUGUAUUCAUUGAAUUUUGUGUUGAAGACAGUAAAGAUGUUAAUGUAAACUUUGAAAAAUCCAAACUUACUUUCAGUUGUCUUGGAGGAAGUGAUAAUUUUAAACAUUUAAAUGAAAUUGAUCUUUUUCAUUGUAUUGAUCCAAAUGAUUCCAAGCAUAAAAGAACAGACAGAUCCAUUUUAUGUUGUUUGCGAAAAGGAGAAUCCGGCCAGUCGUGGCCUAGGUUAACAAAGGAAAGGGCAAAGCUUAAUUGGCUUAGUGUGGACUUCAAUAAUUGGAAAGACUGGGAGGAUGACUCUGAUGAAGACAUGUCUAAUUUUGACCGUUUCUCUGAGAUGAUGGAUCACAUGGGUGGUGAUGAGGAUGUAGAUUUACCAGAAGUAGAUGGAGCAGAUGAUGAUUCACAAGACAGUGAUGAUGAAAAAAUGCCAGAUCUGGAGUAAGGAGUGUUGUCAUCGCCUGGAUUUUGAGAAAGGAAAAAUAACUUCUGC